CUCUAACCUCACUUACCUCCACGUUCCUCCUGCGCAUUUCUGCGCAUUGCCUGCUCGUUGUUUAUUUCACUUCCUUCCACUCGUUACUGUGUCUCGCUCUUAGCGCUGGUCUUUCUUGCUUGCGUUCUUGUUUGAGGUGUUACGCACUGCCACAGUCGACGCCUCUCGUCGUCCUCGCCAGCCUCUCACAAUGCCUGGUUUCGCCGACUCUUUCUGGACGCCCGACUACGCCUCGGGCCUAGGUAUCUUGUACACAAAGCUUCAGCAAGGUGUCGCGGAGAAUAAACAGAUCCUCACAAUCGCAAGCCUGCGAGCGGAUGCUGAGGGUGCAUAUGGAGCGCGACUAGGCGACAUUGCUCCCUCCGUGGACAGGAUUGGCUCUGGCUUCUCCAAAGAUGAAGGAGCCAGUGUAAGAAAAGCCUACGAUGGCAUUCGUGGAGAAAUGAUCGAGGCGUCCAAGAAUCACCAGAAGAUUUCAGCCAACAUUCGGGAGCUGGUUGUGAACCCGUUUAGCCGAUGGUGUGACCAGCACGCAGCUCGUAUCCAGAAUUCCCAUGACGACUUACAGGCACGCAUCAAAGAUCAUACGAAACAAACGGACCUUGUCAGGAAACUUCGAAGCCAGUACUUCAAUAAAUGUCGUCUGGUCGAAGAUUUGGAGGAAGAAAACAAGCUGGCUUUUCAAAGCCCAGAAACAUCAAGCCCAAAAGGCAAGCCAUCGCCUCCUAAGAUUGUUUUGACAGACCCUCAAGAGCCGGAGGAGCCCGAAUUCUUCGAGCUUGGCGACAAGUCCUAUGACACUGAGGAAAUCAAAAAGGUUCUCAGUGACAUGCUCAAUGCUAUCAGAAUUGGUGAAGCCAAGGUACCGAUUUUGGGUACCUAUCAGAACACGUCGACAGGCGCCGAUAUUGUAGAAUAUCUCCAAAAAAAUUUGGGCGCUUCGAGUAUCAGUUACGCUGAGCGUAUAGGUCAGGAUAUGGUAGAUGUCGGGUUCUUGCGCCUUAUCGGUAACAUGGGCAGUACGUUUGCCAACAGCAGUCGUAUGAACUACCAGUGGAGGUCGAGGGUCUUUCAAAUCACCGGAAUCCCUGAGAACAAAAAGCCAUUGCUUCGCAUGGCGUCGGUCCUGUCAAAUGAGGACGCUGCUGGAUCACCAACUAUUGCAUCUGUUUCUGAAAUGCUUGCAGGCUGGAACCCACUCAACAACCCCCACCCCGACGAGACUCCCUCUGAAAAGCUUCACCGUGAAGCUUAUGAGGCGGAUGAACGCUACAAAGCGGCUGUUAUCAAGCUUGAUCAAAUUAGAUGCAUAUUAGAGGAGGAAAUCAUUGAUCACCUACGAUUCAUGGAACGCUGCGAACUCGACCGUCUCAAAGCUAUCAAGUCGGUGGUCCUCGACUUCUCCGGUGCAAUCAGCAAUGUGAUUCCUAGCUUGCAGAGUACGGUUGACCAAAUGAUGUUGUAUCAGGAAACCAUUCAGCCAUUGGGCGAUUUGAGAUACAUGCUUGAAAAUCACCGCACUGGAGGGUUUGUUCCAAAGGUUCAACCCUAUGAAAAUUACUACGGUUCUGUAGGAGACCAGGUUUUUGGUGUGGAUCUUGAAGCUAGAGCUAGAGCUGACCGUAAACGCGUUCCUGUUAUUGUCACGAACAUACUAACAUUUCUGGACAACCAUUACCCCGACCUCGAAGGCGAUGAUACACGACGAGCAAUCUGGCUCCACGACGUUCCGCUCGCUGCCACCCACCAUCUACGACAAGCACUGAACACUAGUACGGGCGACCAACGUUCAAUACUUGAGAAAUAUGAGAUACCCAUUGUUGCUAGCGUUCUGAAAUUAUACCUCCUCGAACUCCCGGAUUCCCUUGUGUCAUCUCAAGUCUACGAAAUAGUUAAAACGAUAUACUCGACAACUGCUAAUGAAACCACGGAAGAGGGGCGAAUCAAGGUUCUUCAAAGCACCCUCGGUCAGCUUCGUCUCAAUAACAUAGCAACGCUCGAUGCCAUGAUGACACACUUCACUCGUUUGAUUGACUUGACCUCGGCUGAUGAGGCUUAUGUUUCUACCCUUGCUCAAGCACUGGCUCCAUGCAUACUCCGCCCUCGAAUCGAAAGUACCCUAACUAUGAACGAACGUCACAGCUAUCGACUGAUCCGAGACCUGUUUGAUCACAAGGAUGCUAUCUUUGGCGAACUGAAGAGACAGUCGAGCGCCAGUGCUUUUGGGGCAGGGCCAAGCGCAGCUCGUCCACGAGCGAUCAGCACUGACGAAAGCAACCGUCGCGCUGCGAUGGAGGCUCGGAAUCGCGCUAUUGCAAAUCGCAGCCGAGCCACCAGCCCUGCCCCCGCUGCCCGACAUCGUCGUGAUCGAUCCACAGAUGGCUCCUUAGGUCGAUUCCCAGUCAAUGUUAGCAGUCCACAAGGCCCUGAGCGCAAAUCAAGACAAAGUCUAGAUGUUCCGGUUGCUGUACAACCCCAUGCUGAAGAGGAAAACGCCAAAUCAGUAGAAGGGUCCGAAACCAACGGUGCGGCCGCCGAGAGUAAACCCGAAGCUGAUGCAUCUGCAUCAAACGAAAACGCAGCUCCCGCCAGUGGCUCUGACGGCUGACCUCCACCAUCCACUGCUAACGCACCAUCUGUCGCGAAACGAGAUUCACUCACUCGUGGACGCAAUGUCCGACGCGCUGGAGCCAGCCAUCAGCCGGGCGAAGGCAGCGUUGACAGCAACAGCGCGACUGCCAGUAUUCCCGGCGAAGGUGAAAUGAAAGGAGUUACUCUUGAAGAUAAACCAAUGGACGACUUCGCUUAAAAUUUAAGUCUAAUGAUUCGUCACUUUCAAUGCACAAGGGAAAAAGGGCCACUACUGCGACAGACAAGUGUUAUUCCCUGUAUACAUAGUCUGCGAUUUCGAUAUUCUUGUUGUAUGUUUUUCUUGUGAUUUUCUUUCGUCUAUAUUCGUUGAUUUUCGACGUUUUUCUCGAUACCACGGGAAUACAUGUAUUUAUGGACGAAUGGCUGGAGCCAUUCACGAAUGAAUGUUGUCACACCUAGCAUAAGCUUU